AUGGGAGCGGACUACCCCACCUUCGCCGACGUCGAGGGCGCCCGCGCCCUCAUCUUUCUCGCCGACUCCUCGCCCGCGCCGUCCCCGCCUCCGCCUUCCCCCGCUCUCAGCGACGAGCUCUCCUGUUACUCGGGCUCCUCCUCCUCCCACUCCGGAGCUUCUGCGAGGUCGUGCGUCUCCGACUCGGCGCAUCGCGGCCGUCCCGUCGAACCCCUCCGCGUGCUCUCCGUCGUUGCCUCCCUCCGCCGCAUCGACCCCAAGGUGCUCGCCAAGGCGACGAGCACGCUGCUCCCGAGCGGAGCCGGGAAGAAGCGGAAGGGCGUGUGGAUAGAGAUUGACAGUGACGACGAGGACGAGAGCUGGAGGAGCAGCGUGGUGGCCAGCGAGGGGAGCACCGUCACGGCUGCCGCGUCCGCGGGCUCCACGGCCACGUCGGGGAGAUGCCGCCGUCCUCCGCGGGCGGGUGGUGGUGAUGGUGGUCGGAAGCUGCCGACAAGAGCGGACGUGAUCAUGCAGUGGCUGUCGCGGCCACAAGCUGUGCCAGCCACAGAGACGACCAUCCGCGCCGCGGUCGGCGACAACUCCGGGACGAGCAAAGCGCUGCGCUGGCUGCUGAAGGAGGGCGGCUUGCAGCGUGCAGGCACUGGCGGCCUCACGGAUCCGUAUGUUUACACGGUAUGUGAAAUUCAUGCAAAGUACUUGAAUUAGGAUGGAAGUUGGAAGUGGGAUUUUAAAAUUCGAAAU